AGUGUACAUGUAGAAAAAACAAGCAACCGUAAAAUAAAAAUAUAAGAUUAACUAAAAAAUAGAAUACAACAGUUCGGCUAUUAUCUACAUUGUUGAAAUUAUUAUGGUGGGAUCUCCUUGUUGCAGUGCUGUACUAGACCAACAGAUGUCCCUCCAAGGCAAAGUGCAUUGUCAGAUAGACAGAUACUGUAAUUAAGAAGGAUGUAAAAGUUACACAUUGUAGCAACCCAGGGGACUUGAGGGCCCGAUAUACAAUAAAAUAAGACUCAGACACGGGGGGUUAACAUAAAUUGGUCUUUACUAAAGAGGGUCAGGGUAAGGGUAGGGGGACAAACUUUAAAUUAGGGGUCUUCCCGUCCGGGGUCUGUGGUCCUUCAAGGAGUGUGGUUCUGGGGGGGUCAAAGCAGAGGGAAAGGUUAGUUGCAACACUCCUCCAGGGUUGUCUCUCUGGUUCUCUCCCUCCCCUGCGGCCUUGGGCUGGCUCCUUUUAAGCCCUCGCCUGAUUGUCUGGUGGGCUCCAGGUGUGACCAGUGCCAUGUGCCCAGUGGCUGCAGCACCUCAACAGGCAGGUAGACUCCUUCUAUCACCUCCCCCAAUCGAAGUCGAUGGGCCCGCCUUCAGGGCCGGAUUGGCUGGUCUGACUCCCCUGGUUAGUGACAAAAGAGUCUCCAGACACCAUGGGAUGCUUGAAAACCUGGAUGGGCAGUUGCGCAUCAAACCGACCCACCUCAACCCCUGCUUUUGUCAGUCCUCGUUGGACGAUUCCCCUCAACCCCUAGACAGGAACCAGUGGCACACACUUAAAGACGGCGACAUCUUCUCCCUCCUCCCUGGGAAAUACAUGUAUAAAGUUGUGGCUGUCGAUGGGGACAAUGGCACACUCAGAAACAGUCAAGGCUAUAACGAGGAUUGCAACAAGUCACCUCUCUAUCCUGAGCCAAGUAAUGAGCAAGCUCAUCCCACCAUGCUUCAAGGCAAGACAUCCACACCACGCUCACCAGAAAAAGUACCAGAGACACUAACAGCAACCACAGCCAAAAAGGAUGACCCAUUUGUCCAAGACCCAACACUAAACCAGACCAAGUCAGGGAUUUUAGAGGAGAAAGAAGAGAAACCAGAACCAAAGAAAAGAGUGUUACCUGCCUGGAUGAUGGCAGGUAUCACAACUCCCAAGAGCCCUUCAACCCCAAAAGGCUCUGGAAAGCGAGCCAGGGGAACAUCGAUCUCAUCGGCAAGCCGGGUUGCGGCAGCAUCAAAGCAGGGCCGGGCCACGGAGCCCAUCUCUGGGGAGGAGUCGGAACACAGCGAAGUGGAGCAGCCCAGAAAGAGGACAAAGAGGAAGAAGAGUGAGGAAGAUGAGGUGGAAACAAUUGCUGCUCCUCAGGCACACAAAGCCAGGCUGGAUAUCAACAAAGUGGAGGAUGGUGAAGAGUCAGACAACUUAGACAUGGAAGCAGAAGAUGAUGGAAAGAAAAAAGGAGACGGAGCCACACCAACAGGCAGCAGCUCAACGUGUAGAGUGAAACCCAGUGAGCCGGAAAGUGGUCAGAGGAUGAAGCGAAGGGGGUCAAGCCCAGAGUCUGGCCGUGGCGCAGCCAAAGCCCAGCCUAGAACACACUGCCCCUAUGGAAAGGAGUGUUACCGGAAAAAUCCACUUCAUUUCCAAGAAUUCAGUCACCCUGGCGACAGUGAUUAUGAGGAAGAUUCAAAAGAAGAGGAAGAAGAUGAUUCAGAUCGUCCAGAGUGUCCCUAUGGAAUUGACUGCUAUAGGAAAAAUCCACUUCACAGAAAAGAAUACAGACACACUACAACGAGAGCAAAGAGGACCGUACAGAAAAAUUACAACGAUAAUGAGGAGGAAGAGGAUAACUCCGGGGAUGACGACAGUUUCAUCAACGACGAAAGUGAGGACAUGGAUGAAGACUCUGACUAUGUCCCACCUGACUCGGACGACAGUACAAAGGAAGACUUAAAAAGACUCAAGAAAGAAGCCAUGGCAUUUGUAAAAAAAACAAAAUAACUUUACAUUUUCUUUCUUUUAUUUUUUUGUUAAAUCCAAAAUAAACAAUUAGAAGAUUCCAUACUUGCUGUUUGAUCUGUGCUUUCGUUUUUCCACAAAGACUCCCUCAUUCACUCAACAAAACAAAAUAAACAACUUAACAGGUUGAAUGAGGACAGUUGCUCUUGUUACAUUGCUUUCUAUUCACUGGAAUACCAUCAGUAGAAAAAAGCUUUUUGAUGGUACGUAUAUUUAUUCUUUGACAUUCUUUGACUAGAAUGCUCAUUUAAUAUUUUACAUUAUAAAACCUAACUUGACAUUUAUUUGGCAUUCAUAGCUAUGUAAGUACACAGUAGACCUGGGUUAAAUUGAGUAAGUGGAUGCAGUGAAUAUGUAGGUUGUGUAAGCAAAAACUAGAUUUUUGAGACAUUUCCCCUGCCCUCCCCCAUACUUUCCUUUAUCCAUUAUAUAGCCAGUGACACUGAAUUAUAACACCAUGUGAUGUUUUUGCAGCUGGAAUUUAUGACAAUGUUGUUACUGCAUACACUGAAUUACACAAUAACAUGCAAACCUGGUGAAUAGGCUUUUUACCUUUAUCUACUUGCAUAAAUUAAGUACAAUCUGUCUUUACAUAGAAUGCUUUGGGGAAAACCUUAACUGGUGGUCCAACUUGUUUAGAUUCUUGUAACUGUUUUCAUGUUUUGUUGAAAUACCAUGCAAAUAAAAUUCCAUCUCUCUUGUAA